AUGACUUUAUUCGUCAAAUACAAGGGGAAAAGCUUAUCACCGUCGCCAAACUCUCCACCAGUCACCGUUACACCAUUGCCGCCGCCAGCACCUAACUCUAGUCCACCUUCUACUUCAUCCCCACCGCCUCAAUCGCCUCCUCCUACACCAACCACCCAAUCCCCACCCCCUUCAACGUCAUCCCCUCCUCCAUCAUCACCACCGCCGACAUCACCUCCUCCGCCAGUUAUUUCCCCACCUCCAUCAACACCGCCGCCCAUGUCUUCUCCUCCCCCUGUUUCAACUAGUCCACCGACCAAUCCUCCACCGCCAUCCUCACCUACUCCACCGACCAAUUCUUCACCACCACCUGCCUCUCCUCCACCAACCAAUACUCCACCUCCGGCAGCCUCUCCUCCACCUCCAGCAACUUCUCCUCCUCCACCAACCAAUACUCCACCUCCGGCAGCCUCUCCUCCACCUCCAGCAACCUCUCCUCCACCAACCAAUCCUCCACCUUCAACACCCUCUCCUCCACCAACCAAUCCUCCACCUUCAACAACCUCUCCUCCACCUCCAGCAACCUCUCCUCCACCGACCAAUCCACCACCUUCAACAACCUCUCCUCCACCAACCAGGUCUCCACCUCCAUCAUCACCUAGUCCCCCGUCUAGGUCACCACCACCACCACCACGUACACCUUCCACUAGAUCCCCACCCUCACCCUCACCCCCACCACCAACUAAUCCAUCUUCUACUCCACCAUCAAGGUCACCUCCACCACCACCACAAUCCUCAUCCCCACCUCCAACAACUACACGUCCUCCACCACGUACUCCCCCAUCCUCUGAACCUCCUACAAAUUCACCACCGCCACCACCAGUAACAACCCCCCGUCCUGCCACCCCCUCACCACCGCCACUAAUCUCAGCCUCCCCUCCUCCUUCACCACCAUCACCUUCAACAAUCCUCCCCUCUCCUCCAGGAACCCCAAGCAACAACGAUUCAAGUCCCAACACCCCAUCCAACAACGGAGGCAUUGGCACCGGGGGUAUAAUUGGUAUUUCAGCAGUUCUAGCCCUUGUCCUCCUCACAGUCAUCAUAACAGUCUCAUGCUGUAUUAUCAAACGAAAGAAAAAAAUUUCCAGACACAAUGAACUCUACAAUCUCCCAACCUCAAUGACCAAUUCACCUAAGUCAGAUUCCGGUCUAUUAAAGAUCCAAACAUCAGAAAACGAAAACCAAUUCAUAUACACUCCACCAGACACAGGGUCAGGUGGAUUUGGUUAUGUAUACAAAGGAUGCUUGGAUGAUGGGACUGAAGUAGCAGUUAAGGAGUUAAAAAUUGGAGGUGGACAAGGGGAACGUGAGUUCACUGCUGAGGUGGAAAUUAUUGGUAGAAUACAUCAUCGUUAUUUAGUCUCACUUGUUGGAUAUUGUGUCUCUGAAAACAACAGAUUGCUUGUUUACGAAUAUGUCCCUAACAACACACUUUACUUCCAUCUUCAUGGGUCAGAGGUGGUUUUAGAUUGGUCAACUCGUGUAAAGGUUGCAUCUGGUGCAGCAAGGGGUAUUGCUUAUCUCCAUGAAGAUUGUCAUCCACGAAUUAUUCAUCGAGACAUCAAAUCAUCAAAUAUUCUACUAGAUAAAAACUUCGAAGCUAGGGUUUCUGAUUUUGGGCUAGCGAAAUUAGCUGCAGAUUUAGGUACUCAUAUAACAACACGCGUUAUGGGAACUUUCGGAUACAUGGCGCCUGAAUAUGCAUCAAGUGGGAAAUUAACUGAGAAAUCUGACGUGUAUUCUUUUGGGGUUGUUCUCUUGGAGCUAAUUACUGGGCGAAAACCUGUAGAUGCAUCUCAACCUUUAGGAGACGAAAGUCUCGUUGAGUGGGCUCGACCUUUGCUUAGUCAUGCACUUGAAACUGAAGACUUCGAAGUAUUAGUAGACCCAAAGCUUGGAACAAACUAUGUUGCAAAAGAGAUGUUUCACAUGAUUGAAGCUGCAGCUGCAUGUGUACGACACUCUGCUGCAAAAAGACCUCGCAUGGGACAAAUUGUGAGAGCAUUCGAGAGCAUGGAAACUGAAGAUCUAAGCAACGGAAUGCGAGUUGGAGAAAGUGAAAUAUUUAACUCUGCACAACAAUCCGCAGAGAUUAGACUUUUUAACAGAAUGGCAUUUGGAAGUCAAAAUUACAGCACAGAUUUUUUUACUCAAGGUAGCGUUGGCCCUAAUGGUAACGACAGGUAAAAAGUAAAAACCGAGAUUUUUUUUUUUUUUACUUUUCAAUUUUCACCAUCCAUGGGUUCGACCCCACGUGCCUGAGAUCCUAUUGGUUCAUUCGGGUUCUGUAUGUAGGCUCCAUAGUCAGAUAGUGUAUAGUAUGCUUAUUUAUUUCUUUUUAAAGCUGCACAUUCUCGAGUCCUGUAAGUAACACGUGUAGGGUUACUUUACCCUGAUCCCAUUCUUUUGGUUAAUUUAUUAUAAGUGCAGUUUUUUUUUUUUUU